UUGUAUGAGGUAGAUGUUCUUAUCCCCAUCUUGAAGAGGAAACUGUGAUACAGAGAGCGUAAGUAAUUUACCUAAGACCACACAGCUGGCGCCAGGGAGGGGGUUAAGGGGCGCUGGGGAUUCAGAUCCACUGGGGCUGUCUGGCUCACGUCUGCCCUUACCACAACUGCCUGUGUUGGGGGUCAGGGUUCCUGAGUAGUUUGGGCUGGCCUGAGUUAGAAGUGGGGAAGAGAAAAAGGGUGCACCCUGAGUGUUCCUCCUUCCCAACUGAAUCUUCCACCACCUGCCAGAAGGGUGGGCGCCGCUGUAACCUUGGUCCCUGGGAAGGUGGCAGAGAGGUUCUGGGAUUUGUCAAACUCGCUGCAGCGAGUGGCAGAGAGUCCCGGGCCCACACACACGGCCUCUGAAGCAAGGUGGGAGAAGGUAUGUGAGACCCAUCUGCUCGUGCGCCUGGGGGAGAGCUAGGGAAGCUGAAACAAAUUGUGACCUGGGAGGCUCUGCCCACAGUGCCCCUCCCAGUUCCCAGUUCCCAGAGGACAGCUUCCAUGCUGGGAGCAAGUCUUCUCUGUGUCAGACUCUGGCCCAAGCAUUUUCACAUUCAGCAAUUCUAAGUCCACAGACAGGCUACUUGUCCAAGGUCACUUAGGCAGUAACUGGGGGAAUGAGGAUUUGAACCCAUGCAGUCUGGCCAUGGUGGAGCCCCACGGAGGGGUGCUGAAGAGCCCAGGGUAACAUAGUCACAGCCACCUAGGAGCUGCAGGCUCCCUUCCAGCUGGAGGAAAAGCAAUGACACCUGACUCUUAGCCAGCCGGGGGGCGGAGCAGAGGUGGAGCUAGGGAGACCCAGGCGGCCUCUGAAAACCUGAGCAGAGGCGGCAGAGUGGCCGGGAGCAGCAUGCAGCAGGGCUGGGGGCCAGCACUGCUCAUCCUGGCAGCAGUGGUCCUCGUAGAGGGUCUUCAAGCAGCUCAGCCCGUUUGUGGGCAGCGUGGCCCUGGCCCCCCUGAGCCUCAGGAAGGCAUCACAGUACCUGGCGAGUGGCCAUGGCAAGCGAGUGUGAGGCGGCGGGGGGUCCACCUCUGCAGCGGGUCCCUGGUGGCAGAUACCUGGGUCCUCACUGCUGCUCACUGCUUUGAAAAGGCAGCAAUGACAGAACUGAACUCCUGGUCAGUUGUCCUGGGUUCUCUGCAACGUGAGGGGCUGAGCCCAGGGGCCGAGGCGGUGGGGGUAACAGCUCUGCAGCUGCCAAGGGCCUACAACCACUACAGCCAGGGCUCAGACCUGGCCCUGCUGAGGCUCGCCCAGCCCACGGCCCGCACACCCCUCUGCCUGCCCCGGCCCACCCAUCGCUUUCCUUUCGGGACCUCCUGCUGGGCCACAGGCUGGGAUCAGGACACCAACGGUGGUAAGUGCUGGCGCAGCCUAAAGCCCAGAGAGGCACUACGCUUGCCCAGGGUCACACAGCCUCAGCUGCCAGCUGUCCCUCUGCUCCAUCUCCCUUGCUCCCCACCAAGCCCCUUUCUUCUGCCAGCUCCCAGGACUCUGCGGAAUCUGCGCCUGCGUCUAAUCAGCCGCCCUACCUGUAACUGUCUCUACAACCGGCUGCACCAGCGGCUGCUGGCCAGCCCAGCUCGACCUGGGAUGCUGUGUGGGGGUGCCCAGCCUGGGGUGCAGGGUCCCUGUCAGGGAGAUUCUGGGGGCCCCGUGCUGUGCCGUGAGCCUGAUGGACGCUGGGUUCAGGCUGGGAUCAUCAGCUUUGCAUCAAGCUGUGCCCAAGAAGACACCCCCGUGCUGCUGACCAGCACGGCCGCUCACAGCUCCUGGCUGCGCGCUCGAGCUCAGGGGGCGGCCUUCCUGUCCCAGAACCCGGGGACCCCGGAGAUCAGUGACGAGGACAGCUGUGUAGCCUGUGGAUCCUUGAGGAGAGAAGGCCCCCAGGCAGGAGCCCCCUCCCCAUGGCCCUGGGAUGCCAGGCUGAUGCACCAGGGGAAGCUGGCCUGUGGCGGAGCCCUGGUGUCAGAGGAGGUCGUGCUGACUGCUGCCCACUGCUUCAUUGGGCGCCAGACCCCAGAAGAAUGGAGCAUCAGGCUGGGGUCCGGACUAGAGGAGCGGGGCCUGAAGCAACUCAUCCUGCAUGGGGCCUACACCCAUCCAGAGGCGGGCUAUGAUGUAGCCCUCCUGUUGCUGGCCCAACCCGUGACACUAGGCCCCAACCUUCGGCCGCUCUGCCUGCCCUAUUCUGACCACCAUCUGCCUGAUGGGGAACGCGGAUGGGUCCUGGGGCUGCCCCGCCCAGAAACAGGCACCAGCUCCCCUCAGACAGUGCCUGUGACCCUCUUGGGACCCAGGGCCUGCAGUCGGCUGCGUACAACUCUUGGGAGCGACAGUGUCCCCAUUCUGCCAGGCAUGGUGUGUUCCAGUGUCGUGGGUGAGCCACCCCACUGUGAGGGCCUGUCUGGGGCACCACUGGUGCACAAGGUGAGGGGCACAUGGUUCCUGGCUGGGCUACACAGCUUUGGAGAUGCCUGCCAGGGCCCCGCAAGGCCUGCAGUGUUCGUGGCGCUUCCCGCCUAUGAGAACUGGGUCAGCAGCUUGGACUGGCAGGUCUACUUUGCUGAGGAGCCAGAACCCGAGGCCGAGACUGGAAGCUGCUUGGCCAACACGAGCAAACCAGCUGGCUGUUGAUAGGUGGCUCUGCGAUGCUGCUGCAGACACCGUCAGACAAUUUCUGAGUCACCACCCAUGUCCCUCUCCUGUAGUCCCUGCCUGCACAUGAUUCCAGGCACCGGGGCAGGCCCACCAGCCCAGUGGGCUCAGGGCUGGAGCCCUUCUGGACCGGCGGCUGCCCUCACUCCCAACCCCUGCAGGACGGGGAGAUGUCGCCUGCGGGAUGCUCCCCGACACACUCAGCUCUGCUGUCAGACACAGGCGUCCCCAGCCUUCCCUAUUCUUCAGACCCAGAUAGGAUCACACCAGUCACUUACUUUGAAAAUUCGAGGUUUUUUUUGGGGGGGUGGAGGGGAGCAAUUUUCCUUUUUUUUUUUCUAAACUUAAAUAAAUUGUUACAAAAUAGACUUUAGAAAAUAAGUUACAAAUUGUAGCAAAAGGCUCCCCUUCCACAGGCAACAUUCCCACCUGUAGCUCUCUGA